AUGGGAGACGAUAAGACCAAGGAAUAUAAAGUGGUCAUUGACCAAGAAGAAGCUGAAAAUAGUCAUUAUGGUCAUAAUCAGCAAACAGUAGUUGCACCAUCUGGUAUCAAAUUAUCCCCUACUGCCAGAGCCAUUCUACCCAUUGCCAGUUAUUGCUUUGCUUCUAUACUGAUGACAGUGACCAACAAAUAUGUCUUGAGUGGCUAUGAAUUCAAUAUGAACUUUUUACUAUUAACAAUUCAGAACUUGGUCACAGUGUUCCUAUUAGUCGUCUUCAAGUUUUUCAACCUUAUCAAGUUCCGUGAUUUUGAUAAAGACGAAGCACGUAAAUGGUUACCUGUGGCAGUAUCACUGGUUGGUAUGAUCUAUACAGGUUCAAAGGCGCUUCAAUACCUCCGUAUCCCAAUCUACACUAUCUUUAAAAAUUUGACUAUUAUCCUUAUUGCCUAUGGCGAAGUGCUUUGGUUUGGCGGUAGAGUCACUCACUUGAUGCUGAUCUCGUUUGGGCUGAUGGUCUUAUCUUCUGUCAUUGCUGGAUGGGCGGAUAUUAGUGAAACAUUAUCAGAAAUAGUGCAAUUGGAUACAACCAUUGCGGGCUAUUUUUGGAUGGCAACCAACUGUAUCACAUCAGCAGCAUUUGUCCUUUAUAUGAGAAAGAGAAUCAAGUUGACCAACUUCAAAGAUUUUGAUACUGUCUUUUAUAACAACAUCCUUUCUAUCCCAUUUCUCAUCAUUCCUAGUUUCAUCUUUGAAGAUUGGUCAGCAGAAAAUUUGGCAAUCAAUUUCCCUAGUGAUAUACGUCAACAAGUGGUGACGGCCAUGAUCUUUUCAGGUGCAUCUGCAUUUGCCAUGUCAUAUGCUUCUGCUUGGUGUGUACGUACGACAUCGUCUACUACUUAUUCCAUGGUAGGCGCUUUAAAUAAGUUGCCUAUUGCCGCCUCUGGUAUCUUGUUUUUUGGUGAUCCUGCUACAUUUGGAAAUGUUACUGCAAUUAUAGUUGGUUUCAUUGCCGGUAUCGUUUAUUCAGUUGCAAAGACAUCACCCAAUAGUACACCACAGAACAACAAGGAAAUCAUUCCAAUGUCUUCAUCCAGCCAAAGUAAUAUAGACGCAGUGAAAGAUCACGGGAAGCCUUAA